AUGAUCCCCGUGGUGUUCGGAGGCGCUCAGUACGAGGAUUUUCUGCCUCCGAACUCGUACGUGGAUGCGACGAAGCUCACGCCGCCGCAGGUCGCUGAACUGCUCAAAAGCAUCUCCGCAUCCCCAAAAGAAUACCAAAAAUACCACGUCUGGAGGAGGUACUGGAAGGUCGUCAUACCACCCCCGCUGUGCGAGCUCUGCGCCCGACUCCACGAGGACACGGCGCCCUCCGUAGCCCCGAGCCCCCUCUCGUGGUGGCCGGAGGUGAAUAGAUGCUACACGAGGUAUCCUCUGCAUCUCUUCCCCAGGGUUGACAUGAGGCUCGUGGGCGGCUUUCUGCUGGGGAAGUUCCAGUCGAGUCUCCACUUCGCCAGGUCGAUUAUGGGAAACGCCAAGUCGAUGUGAUGACAGGCUUCGGGUGGUCAGCGCCAAGGUCUAAAUAUACUUAUAUAGACCUUGCGGGACAGUUCUAGUCAAACGCAAACUUGCUUUUACAAUCGCAUUUAAAAAAGCCUUCAUACUAAUGAGCAAACAGAGUGUGCAUAUUGCGUAAUCAUGGUUUGAGAUGCCGCCAAUCAUCUUCCAUCUGCUCAUGCAGCUUCCUCCUCUCUCUGCCUAGAAUACGUGUGCGUUUU